AUGCUAUUUACUCAACUAAUAAUUUUAUUUACAUUUGUUUCUCAAGUUUUAUCUGUUUCCAUUAGAGACUUCAAUAAUAAUAUUUUGGUUCAAUUCACCAAACGAAAAGGUAGCAGUGGUGGUCAUUCUAGUGGCGGUGGUCAUUCUAGUGGUGGUGGCCACUCAAGUAGUGGAAGCAAAGGUGGCAGUUCAAGUGGAAGCAAAGGUGGAAGUUCAAGUGGAAGAAAAGGUGGAAGUUCAAGUGGAAGUAAAGGUGGCUCAAGUAGUGGCAGUUCAUCUGGUACUAAAAACUGGGGGAAUAAUCAAUAUCAUUGUACUGGAAGUUCCUGUGGAUACGGUAAUUACUAUGCACCAUCAGCUGCAGCAGCAGCAGUAGGAUAUGGUACUGGUCGUUAUACUGGAGGCACUCAAUUUGGAAACAAUCAAUAUCAUUGUACUGGAAGCACUUGUGGAUAUGGUAAUUAUUUUGCCCCAUCAGCAGCAGCAGCAGCAGUAGGGUUCGGUACUGGUCAUUACACAGGAAGUACUAAUUGGGGGGAUAAUCAAUAUCAUUGCUCAGGAAGUACUUGUGGAUACGGUAAUUACUAUGCAUCAUCUCCUGCAGCGGCAGCUGGAUAUAACUCAACCAAAACUUCUUUUGGUGUAUCACUAAAUAUUCCUUGCACUCAUUUUUAUGUGGUUGGGUUAGCUGUUGCAUAUUCAAUUGUAUUAUAA